CCAAAUGUCAUUCGUACUGCGCCAUUAGCGCCAUUUUAAGUUGUCCAAAUUUUCCUAAAAAUACAUAAAUAAAAAACGUAAAGUAUUAUUUUGUAGUAUUUCUUAAAUUCAGAAGUUACAAUGGCUUCCCGCGUGAUAUUAAAAAAGCCAUUAGAACUAGGCAAGAUCCUUUUUAGGAACCAAUCAACGAUGUCAGCGUUCGAAAUUCAGCACAAGACACCCCUUAUUAAGAAAGUCGCAGCAAUCCCCGUAGCUUUAUAUGGGGGCCGCCACGCUGUCACUAUGUUACCUGGGGGCGGAAUCGGCCCAGAAUUAAUGGGUUACGUGAGAGAAGUAUUCAAAUAUGCAGGGGCUCCAGUUGAUUUUGAAGUAGUGGAAAUUGGGGACGAAAACACUGAUUUGGAGUAUGCUCUAACGUCAAUUAAGCGAAAUGGAGUCGCUAUAAAAGGAAAUAUUGAAACAAAGAGCGAAAGUGCUAGUGUAGUGUCAAGAAACGUGGCGAUCAGAAACGAAUUAGACUUGUUUGUGAAUGUUUUACAUUGUAAAUCUUAUCCUGGGGUUCCUGCACGCCAAAAAGAUAUUGAUAUUGUUAUCAUAAGGCAAAAUACUGAAGGAGAAUACGCUAUGUUGGAGCAUGAGAGUGUCGACGGAGUGAUUGAAAGCAUGAAAGUAGUCACAACAUCAAAUUCUGAUAGAGUGGCGCGAUUCGCGUUUGAAUAUGCCAAAAAGAAUGGGAGAAAGAAAGUUACCACUAUUCAUAAGGCGAAUAUUAUGAAACUCUCUGACGGGUUAUUUUUGGAGACAUCUAAGCGGAUAGCCAAGGAUUAUCCAGAAAUUGAACACAAUGACAUGAUUAUAGAUAAUUGUUGUAUGCAGUUGGUUUCUAAACCUCAUCAGUUUGACGUUAUGAUUAUGACAAAUCUUUACGGAAGUAUUGUUUCAAAUGUGGUUUGUGGGUUGAUAGGGGGCGCUGGUCUCCUAUCCGGGAAAAAUUACGGAGAUCAUUACGCUAUUUUUGAACCCGGAACUCGAAAUACAGGCACAGCCAUCGCCGGAAAAAACAUCGCUAAUCCCAUCGCCAUGUUGAGUGCUUCAGUGGCCAUGUUGAAACAUCUAGGACACACACAACAUGCCGAACUUAUACAACGGGCCAUUGAAAAAACGAUUUGUGAAGAGAAAAUACAUACUCCUGAUUUGGGUGGUACCGCAAAGAGCACUGACGUUGUCCAAAGAAUAAUCGAUAACAUUUUACAGGCCGAUAUUAGACCUUGGGAAUUGGUUUGACCUUCUCGUUUUCGAUUUGGUGCAAUAAUGGCGUGAAGAUCCUCCAAGCUUCGCUCAACUCGUCCGAACGGACAAAAUGCAUUUGCGAACCGCAAAACACGUCCAAAAUUAACCUCUCGUACGCGUCAGGUAACUUAACACUCUAUAAAACACUUAUAUAAUAAUAAUAAUAACAAUAAUUGUAAA